AUGCGGAUGCGCAGGAGAGUUGACCUGAGCAAGAGAAUUUUCAUUUCUGUUCUGGCCAUCCUCAUUCUUGUCAAUACUUAUCAUCUAUGGCUCGGAAAGCAAUAUUUCAGCCCUAUUGCUCGGGCGGCAUUUCAUGAUCGCCAGGCGCACUUCCGGGAUCGUUUCUAUUUCUUGCUCGAUAAAUAUGCGCCGCGAUGCCCGCCUCUGGAAUUGAUUGAGUCGGCAGGGUGGCCGAGAUACGAUGCCGUGUUUGAAAUCGAUCGGGAGAAUCAUAUCGAUAACGCCGACGAGAUCUUACAGCCUAUGCAGACAGCGCAUGAUGGCUUUGUUCAGACGACCAGGAAACUUGACAUCCCCUAUCUCAUCCUGACAGAAGGCAUAGUGUCUUCUGCAGGGGGUAAAUAUAUGCCGACCUUUGUAGUAACCCUGCGUUUGCUGCGACGAACCGGGUGCACAUUGCCGGUAGAGCUCUUUGUCAAAGACUCGACAGAAUAUGAGUCGCACAUGUGCGAGAAAAUUCUCCCAGAACUCAAUGCAAGAUGUGUGGUACUCUCGGAAGCGAUGGGUCUAGAAAACCCAAAAAACACUAAUACCACAGACGGGGUUAAAAUUGAGCACUACCAACUCAAAUCCUUCGCCGUUCUGUUCUCCUCAUUCGAGAAAGUCAUCUGGCUAGACGCCGACUGCAUCCCUAUCCACGACCCCGCGACCCUCCUAACCUCCGACCCAUUCAAAUCCACCGGCCUCGUCACCUGGCCCGAUUACUGGGCCAGCACUAUCUCCCCACUAUACUUCACCAUCUCCCGCCAACCCGAGUUCUCCACCACAGACCGCGCAACAACCGAAGCCGGCGUGUUUCUAGUCUCCAAGAGAGCGCAUUCCCGAACCCUCCUCUUAGCAGCCUACUACAAUUACUACGGACCAUCGCAUUACUAUCACCUCCUAGACCAGGGCGCCCCGGGAGAAGGCGAUAAGGACACAUUUAUUCAGGCGGCCGCCGCCGUGGGCGAGAAAUUCUACACGGUCAGCGAGAAGGUCGCAGACCUGGGCCGUCGGCGAUAUGAAUGGAAUGAUCAUGAUAUAAUACACGUGGCAAUGCUGCAGGCCGAUCCGGCGGAGGACUAUAAACUCACCCAGCAAGGGAAAUGGCGCGUGGAGGAUGCAUCUGUGGCCCUUGCCCCGCGGGCGUUUUUCAUCCAUGCGAACAUGGUUAAGUUCAACCCCGGGGAGAAACUGUUGGAGGAGAGCUCGAACGAGGAUGGUGAUGGGCGGAGGAGAAUGUGGACUGCUCCCGAGACGUCUGUUCGGCGGCUUGGGUAUGAUGUUGAAAGGGCGGCUUGGGAGGAGGUCAUGACAGUGAGCUGUACCUUAGGUAAUGCAUUUGAGACCUGGGAGGCUGGGGAUGGGUUUUGUGAGGAUGUGCAGAGGCAUUGGGAGGCUGUUUUUGAGAAUCAUGACGCUGGCGGGCUUAAUUUUACACAACAUUGA